AUAACCCACACCAAGAUUUUAAAAAAGCAGCCGCGUAAAGUUUUCCAUUAUCCACCACAGAAAGUGGGGGUGCAGAUAACGCAAUUAGUCAAUGACACUUAUACUUACAGAUUCCUCAUGUUAGCUCUUCACUGUUUUCCAACCAAGUACCACAAAAACAAUGUUACCUCAUUGUUCUGCCCUUUCUCAAUCACCACCACCUUCAAUAUCCAAAUUUCUCUCUGACCACCCAUGUCUCACCAUGCUUCAAAACCCCUCCACCACCAUCAAAGACUUCCACCAAAUAUACCCCCACAUCAUCAAAACCGGCAUUACUCAUAACUCAAUUGCUUCCACACGUGUCCUCUCCUUCUGUGCAUCUCCAUCUGGCAACAUUAACUAUGCCUACAAACUGUUCACCAGAAUGCCUAACCCAAAUCUUUAUUCUUGGAACACCAUUAUAAGAGCCUUUUCAAGAACCUCAACCCCACAGUUUGCUAUAUCACUUUUUGUUGACAUGUUGUAUUCUGAAAUUCAGCCUCAACAUUUGACUUACCCUUCUGUUUUCAAAGCAUAUGCUCAAUUGGGUGAUGCUCAUCAUGGAUCUCAGCUUCAUGGUAUGGUUGUGAAAUUGGGUCUUCAGAAAGACCAAUUUAUUCAUAAUACUAUCAUUCAUAUGUAUGCUAAUAGUGGACUUUUGGCUGAAGCUAAAAGAGGUUUUGAUGAAAGAGCUGAACUUGAUGAUGUUGUGGCUUUCAAUUCAAUGAUUAUGGGUUAUGCUAAGUGUGGUGAGAUUGAUGAAUCUAGGAAGCUUUUUGAUACUAUGUCUACAAGAAGAACUUCAGUUACUUGGAAUUCUAUGAUUAGUGGAUAUGUUAGGAACAGGAAGUUAAUGGAGGCAUUAGAUCUUUUCUAUAACAUGCAAGAGGAGGGGAUUGAACCAAGUGAGUUUACAAUGGUUAGCUUGUUAAAUGCUUGUGCUCACUUGGGAGCACUUCAACAUGGGAAAUGGGUUCAUGAUUAUAUAAAAAGGAAUCAUUUUGAGUUGAAUGUUAUUGUUGUCACAGCAAUAAUUGACAUGUACUGCAAGUGUGGGUCUAUUGAUAAUGCUGUUGAAGUGUUUGAGAAAUGCCAUAGGAGAGGGUUAUCAUGUUGGAAUUCUAUUAUAAUUGGGUUAGCCAUGAAUGGUCGUGAAAGAGAAUCAACUGAGUUGUUCUCUAAGCUUGAAUCUUCAAAGCUAUUGAAGCCGGAUUCUGUAAGUUUCAUUGGUGUUUUAACCGCUUGUAAACAUUUAGGAGCAGUUGACAAAGGAAAGGACUAUUUUGAAUUGAUGAUGAAUAGUUAUAAAAUUGAACCAUCUAUAAAACACUACACUUGCAUGGUUGAUGUGCUAGGUCAAGCCGGACUCCUAGAAGAAGCAGAGGAACUUAUAAAUGCUAUGCCUAUAGAACCAGAUGCCAUUAUAUGGGGAUCUUUGCUCUCGUCUUGCAGGAAGCAUGGGAAUGUACAUAUUGCAAAACGGGCUGCACAAAGAGUUUAUGAGUUAAAUCCAAAUGAUGCGAGUGGUUAUGUACUCAUGUCUAAUGUUCAUGCUGCAUCCAACAAAUUCGAAGAGGCAAUGAAGCAAAGGCUUUUGAUGAAGGAAAACUCGACAGAGAAAGAACCAGGGUGCAGUUCAAUUGAAUUAUAUGGAGAAGUUCAUGAGUUUCUAGCUGGGGGAAGGCUGCAUCAUAAGACCCAAGAGAUCUACCACUUACUGAAUGACCCCAGUUUUGCAUUUCAAGAUUGAUUAUCGGUUUUUGACAAGUUUCGCCCUGGCGCCCAAGAGUAUAUCUCAGGAGGCAUUGCACUAUUCAUGAGGAGGUUCUGCGGCAUUGCAUAUAAGUCAGAGAUAUCAAGAUGAUGUUGUGCGCGCCCAUUUUGGUAAUGCUGAUUCUGCAUUGCAGCAGCAAGUUCAUCGUCUUCCAGCGGCAGACGAUCGAAAGUAGCAUGCAUGAACGAUGCAGCCAUGAUGACAACAGGUCCUGAAGCAAUCAAAGCACCGACUACAGCACCUCCAACAACUUGUCCUUGAGCACCUGCUAAGUAAAUCGUCAAGCCAGUGAUUCCCGGGGGUGCGGGCGGGGGAAGAAUCGACCCCAACAACGAGAGAAUCUCAAAUCGACCAUGAAGGGUAACAAUUGCACCAGAAGAAGCUGGUUGGCGCAAUGUUACAUUCGUUACACAACCAGUGCCAUUAAGUAUACAAAGACCGCGUUGCUUUCUCCUUGCAAAGUUCAACAAGCUCUCAUUCACAUCACACCCGGAACUCACUUCCAUCGCAUGAGCUUUCAGUGCAUUAGCACUAUCUCUCGUGACAAUAAUCGGCGGCUUUGGCUUGUUUUUCGAUCCAGCCGGCCGGCCACGAGGCCGCUUUAAUGUUUCCCCCUCGGCCGCAGAAGAAACUGGCGAAACCGAUUUUGGAACUUUAGGAGAUAUAAGACUAACAUCAAUACCAUUACCAGACAUAUUGUUCUGGUUACCACUGUCUUGCUCUUGCUUGUGUUCCAUUUCACCAAACAUAAGAUAGCUUUUGAAUAAAAGAGUAGUAACAAAGAGUAAA